AUGGAGUUCUUGAAUUACAAGGUGGAUCUUGUUUUGAAAGAAGGUACCAAUAUCUCGGGUACGAUCACCCAUGUGGACAAUCAACUGAUUAGUCUCAAUGAUGUGAUUCAAAAAUCGAAUACCAGCUCCCAAAAAUUUCCUAGCUUAAAUGUUAAUAGUGGUUCAAUUAGCGAUUUGAAAGUAACCCAAUUGCCACCGGACUUAUUGAAAAAUAAUAAAAAUAAAAAGCAUAAUGCUGAACAAUACGUUAAUAAAACAAAAGAUGUUUCUCUUUUGGAUGAUGCCAUUGUUUUCGCUAGACCAGUAGGGUCUAGUAGAACCAAUACUCCAAAAUUAGGAUCAGCAAAACUUCUGAAAACUUAUUCUAAUACUGGAUCCGUUGAGCCUGAUUGGGGGAAUGGAAAUGAUGUAAAAGAUAUUAAGGAAUCUAACGAUUUUGAUUUUGCUGCUAAUUUAGCCAUGUUUGAUAAAAAGUCAGUCUUCGCUGAUUUCCAUAAAAAUGAUAAUGUUAGUUUACAAAAUAGAUUAGUUGGUCAUAAUAAACUUGAUAAUAUCCAGCAACAAAAUCCUAAAAAGAAGGAGAAGAAAGAUAAAUAUGAAAAUGACGAAAUGGUUUUGGAUGUCAAUAAAACUGAUAAUUGGGAUCUUAUUGGUAACUUGAAUAAAAGAAUGGGGGUUUCUAAUGGUAGUAGUAGAAAUAAUAGUUCUGCCAAUCUUAUUAAAGAUGCCUCGUUAGGAUCUUUAAAGAAAACUUAUAAGCUUGUUAACUCUGCAGACCACAAAUCUGCUAUUCCUUUAGCAUCUCCAGUGCAAUUAGUUGAAGUUGAAAGAUUGGCUCAUGACACUUAUGGUGUAAAUCCUUCGAUAACGGCUGAAGUUUGUGCUUCUAAUUUAUCAGCAUUAAUUACUCAUAAUAUCUUGGGUGGUUCAACUAGACUAAGUAACAAAAAGAAUCAUAAUCUACCACCUUUAGUUUUAAUUCUCAUAGGAAGUGGUCGUUGUGGCAGUCGUGCUUUUGCAACCGGUCGUCAUUUAACUAAUCAUGGUAUUAGGGUUUUAGCAUAUGUUAUCAAUAAUGAUGAUAGCGAUAAAGAAUUAACAAAACAAUGGGACUUAUUUGAAAAUGUGGGUGGUAAAGUUAUUACUUCAGAUGUAUCCACCUUAAUCAACAUCUUAACUCACGAAUUAGAUACCCCAGUUGAAUUGAUCAUCGAUGCAUUACAAGGUUACGACGACCAUUUGGAAGAUAUUUUUUACCAAGAUCAAGACUUACAAUCAGUCAAGGACCUUAUUGUUUGGUGUAACGAACCAAAACAAAAAAAUAAAAUCAUGUCUCUUGAUAUCCCAUCGGGUAUAGACGGUGGGUCAGGUACUGUUCUGGAUCAGUGCUUGGUCUUACAUUCUCGUUGGAUCAUUUCUAUGGGAUUACCUAUCAUUGGUUUAAUUCAUGCUUAUAAAAAUGGCCACUUGGGGGUCGAUGAAGAAGAAGUUGAUCACUUCUUGGUGGAUAUUGGUAUCCCAAAUAAAGUCUACAGUACCAAGGGUAACUUAAGAAAAUUCGAUAAAUUUUGGUUCAGUGCUGAGUUCAGCGUUAAACUAGACAUUUUAACAGAAUGAAUAGCAUCUUAACAUUCACGUCUUAAUGAGCUCUUGUAUACUAUCUUCGAAAUCUAAUCGUAAUUCCAUGG